AUGGGUGGCAAUGGAAAACACAGGUGGAAAAUCUCCUUCCAUCGUCCUUCCUCUCACUCUAAACCCCUCCAACCUCCCAACGAGUUACUAUGCCCUAUCACCGGGUCAUUAAUGUCCGACCCGGUUGUCGUCUCCUCGGGUCAAACCUUCGAACGUCUCUCCGUUCAAGUAUGCCAAGACUUAAAAUUCUCCCCACUCCUAGAAGACGGGUCCCGACCCGAUUUCUCAACCAUCAUCACCAACUUAGCCAUCAGAAAAACCAUCCUCAACUGGUGCGACAAAUCUCAUACCCAACACCCGCCCACACCGGAUUACGCCGCCGUGGAGAAGCUUGUACGAGAAAAAAUGGUGCCACUGGAACCGAUUAGGGUUUCUGAAAAGGAGCUGCUCAACGCGGUGGCGGAUAACCCGCCGGUGAUAUUCUCCCACGCCGCGACUGAGGUAGGGCCGCGUGUCAAUCACUUCAAUUCAGGUUCUUCAUCUGAGGAAUCAGUUAUAAUCCCGUCGAGUCCAGAAACGCCUUUACCUUUCACGGUUCGUCCAACGUGUUUCUCUCCUUCUUCAUCUUCCUCCUUCGAGAUCGAAGUUCAAAACCCUAACGUACCUGUUUCGGAAGAGGAGGAAAUCCUACUGAAGAAGCUGAAGAGCAACGAGGUUUUUGAACAAGAACAAGGGGUUAUCUCGCUUAGGAGCAUCACGAGGAGCAGAGAGGAAGCUAGGGUUUCGUUAUGCACGCCGCGGAUUCUUUCGUCGCUGCGCUCUUUGAUUGACUCGCGUUACGUUGUGGUUCAGGUCAACGCCGUUGCUUCGUUGGUCAACCUUUCGCUUGAGAAAUCCAACAAGAUGAGGAUUGUGAGGUCAGGAUUUGUUCCGUUUCUCAUCGAUGUGUUGAAGGGAGGAUCCAGUGAGUCGCAGGAGCACGCUGCGGGUGCAAUUUUUAGUUUGGCUUUGGAUGAUGAUAACAAGAUGGCGAUUGGAGUUCUCGGCGCGUUGCAGCCGCUUAUGCACGCGAUGAGGUCUGAAUCGGAGCGGACUCGCCAUGACUCGGCGCUUGCACUUUAUCAUUUGACACUGGUUCAGAGUAACAGAGUCAAGCUUGUGAAACUUGGGGUUGUUCCUACAUUGAUUUCAAUGGUGAUGACUGGGACAAUGGCAAGUCGGGUUUUGUUGAUUCUGUGUAAUCUGGCGAUGUGCGUGGAGGGAAGAACGUCUAUGCUUGAUGCCAAUGCAGUGGAGUGUCUGGUGAGUUUGUUGAGAGGAAACGAGUUGGACUCAGAGGCGACUCGUGAGAAUUGUGUUGCUGCUCUGUAUGCGUUGAGUCACGGGAGCUUGAGGUUUAAAGGGUUGGCGAAGGAAGCGAAAGCUGUGGAGGUUUUAAGGGUAAUUGAAGAAACCGGGACAGAGAGGGCGAGGGAGAAGGCCAAAAGGGUGUUGCAGAAGAUGAGGGGUUUUGAAGAUGGUGAUGACGAAGAUGGUGAGUUUGAUAGUCUUUUUGAAUCGGGUGGCUUGAGUCGAGCUCGUUACCGAGUUGCUGCAGCUAGGAACAACAACCUUAUCAAUUCUACUACAUUUUAG